AUGGAUGAGUCGGUUUUCAACGAUUAUCCCCCUCAGCUGUCUCCAGAGCAACAGGAGUACUUGGUUACAGCUACCAAAGACUGGGCAAUUCAAAAUGGCCUUGCUGUUCGGCCCUCGCCAACCAUUCUACCCGCAAAUGCAGACCCAAAUCGAGUACUAGCCACUAAUGCCCCGGUUACGCUAUUUCCAAGUCCAUUUCCAAGAGCCUGCUUUGAGGAAGCUCAAGCUCUACAGACUGUCUACAAUCAACUCUAUGCGGCUAUUACGUGCAACGAGGAAUGGCUUGGAAGCAUCAUUAAAGACCUGAUUGAUGUGGAUGAUUUUGUCGCAAAUCUAUGGAAGACGCAUUUGACUGUUAAGCAGGAGGGCUAUGUCCAAAACCUAUCAUUGGGUUUGUACAGGUCUGACUACAUGGCGCAUGUUUCUCCAAACAGGGCUCCAUCAUUGAAGCAGGUGGAGUUUAAUACAAUCUCAUCAUCCUUUGGUGGGCUUUCAGCACUCGUUAGAUCCUUGCAUGCCGAACUUCUAGCUACCCCACUGAGCUAUCCACCUCAUCCUCUCCUCAAAUCUGGGACACCUCCCGAUAACACUACUGUCGAGACAUUGUCCGGGGGCCUUGCUGAAGCACACAAGGCCUACGGCUCUUCCAAGUCGCUGCCGAAUUUACCUUUGUGUGUGCUCUUCAUCGUUCAAGAUGGGGAGAGGAACGUUUUCGAUCAAUUGGCCCUCUCAAAACGCCUGACGGGUUUCCAUAAAAUUCCCGUUUUUCGUGUGAAAAGCAACCAAAUAUUAGACCAAACAUCUAUCCCCACAACCAACCCUGCUCGGCCCUUAAUCUAUCACCCUCCUCACUCUCCGGGAUCUGCCUUUGAGGUCACAACUGUCUAUCUUCGAGCGUACUAUUCUCCCGAUGAAUACACAUCGAGCCGUGAUUGGGAGGCCCGAAGACAUUUGGAACGUUCUGCCGCUGUCAAAUGUCCCACCGUGCUGAAUCAAUUGGUCGGUUGCAAAAAGAUUCAGCAGGUCUUAGCCGAGCCAACAGGGCCCGAUCACCUGACGAGCUUUCUCAAUGGCGUCGACCCUGCCAUUAUCGCCAGAUUGCGCGAAACAUUUGCACCGCAGUAUGACCUUUCGGCAGGUGGCCAAGGUCGAGAUCUGGCUCUCAAUCCCGAAACGGCCGUGAAGCAUGUCUUGAAGCCACAGCGAGAGGGCGGCGGUAACAACAUCUACAAAGCAGAGAUCCCUGAAUUUUUGCGGUCUAUUCCCGAGUCGGAUUGGAAAGGCUGGGUGCUGAUGGAAUUGAUCAACCCGGCGGAUAAUGCUCAGAACGUCGCUUUGAGAAAUGAUGGUGAAGUUCUUCGUGGAAACGUCAUCUCUGAGUUGGGCGUUUACGGCACUGUUUUGUGGGAGAACACAGGGAAGAUAAUCCACAACGAUCAAGGUGGUUGGCUGCUUCGAACUAAAGGAAAGGAGGUCAACGAGGGUGGAGUUGCUGCUGGCUUCUCUAGUCUGGAUAGUGUCCUCCUCUACUAG